GAUCCACGAUGCUUUUGUAACGCUUGUAUGCAGGUCUUUUUCCUUUUUCCCUUCGCUGAAAAAUCAAGAAACAUAGAAUUGAUAACACAACAUUUUCGCUAAUCACACCUGCUGUGAUAACAAGAAGGAUAUGCUAUUUCUUUGGGGUCGAAUUCGCUGGAAUUUUAAACCGCAAUUCAAAAUUUGAUCUUAUGGGCUUAUGGGCUAUGGGCUGAAGGAUUUUAAAAAGGGAUUAUACACGUGGACGGUGAUGUGGAAUGUUCAGGUAGCUAUUUUUAUUGAGGUGACGUCCUUAGUGGAAUUUCGAGAUAUUUUUGAGUCAAAUAUUUAACGGAGGUAUUUUGAGCAAAAAAUGUAAUGAGGAUAUUUUAAAACUAUUUUAGAUAGUUAGGGAUAUUUUUGAAUUUUUUUCGUUAAAUAAAUUUGAAACCUAGGAUUUAAACCUAUUGAUACCUGCGAGCGAUGAAUCCGUUGACACUAGCAAAGCGUAUUCAGAAUAUUAAUGCAAAAGAAGCAUCUUUGGGAAUCUCUGAUGAGGCAUCCUGGCAAGCCACAUACAAAGAUUCAGCUUAUGUAUUCGUUGGCGGCAUACCUUUUGACUUCACUGAGGGUGACGUUCUCGCUGUUUUUGCUCAGUAUGGGGAGGUUGUUGAUCUCAAUCUUGUUAGAGAUAAAGGUACAGGAAAGUCUAAAGGAUUCGCUUUUGUCGCUUUUGAGGAUCAAAGGAGUACAAUUCUCGCCGUGGAUAACUUAAACCGUGCACAACUUUGGGGUAGGGGAAUCAGAGUUGAUCAUGUUUCCAACUAUAAAAAGAAACAACAAGAAGAAGAGGAUGAAGACACGGAGAGGAGAAAAAGGGAGGAGCGAGGGGUCUGUUGCGCUUUCCAGAGGGGUGAAUGCAAUCCCGGUGCUGCGUGCAAGUUCUCUCACGAUGAGAAGAGAGCUGCAAACACAGGCUGGGGUGCUGAGGAAGAUCGAAGCCCGAGAUGGCCACAUGACAAAGUUGAGGAUUCUAGGAAGGACAGGAGAUCAGGCAAAUGGAGUCGACUUCCACGGCCUGAUUACCGCGCAGGUAGGAGCAGAAGGAAAAGAGAAGUAAUUACAAAGAAGAUGUCAUGGAGAGAAGAUCUAGGAGGUAUGAUGACGUACAAAAAUCAGGGGAAGCUACUCAGAGAAGAUCCACGAGGCAUGAUGAUAUGACUUCAAAGGAAUUUGCUGAUAGGAGAUAUGAAAGAAGAAAACAAAAAAGAUAUGAAUCUGAAUCUCAUCAUGCAGAAAAAAGAGAAAGCAGGGAAUGGGAGAAACGAGCUCGCCUCCACCAUGAUGGAAGGGAUGAAGAUGAUCGAAGCCAAAGAUCACGUGUACAUGUAUCACUACACUGAAUCCUUUCCCAUGGAGUGUAUGUCUUUUAUUUAUUUCUAUCGAAAUCUGUCUUUUUAUAUUUCGAAUUCUGGAUGUUUGAGUUAUCCCCUUACUGAUUGCUUGAUUAAGAACACGAGGAACUUUACCCAUUUACUUCACAUGUCAGGACUGAGAGUGGAUAUAUAAUAGGAAGAUAUGUACUUAACGCAUGUUAUGAGAAAAUAAAUUAAAAACCUAGAUUUUCCUAUUG